UCGGCUACUACAUGAGGAAUUCAUCUCAGCUUGGGUUCAACUUGACCGAUCAGGGGUGGUUCGUCAUCCCCAAAUGGUUUGAUCCAUGGAAGACGAGCCGCGGUGACGAAAGGAUGGACCUGCAUGAGGCAUCUUUCAGCAUCGUCUUCACCCUGACCGUAGUAAGCACAGGCAGAAGCACUCUCUUAUUCGACAUCCUCCCGAGACUUGAGCCUCCCUCUGACGACACUGGGGGUUUUAGGCCCAUGAGCUUUCAGCCUGUCAAGAUCGACACGCUGGAGAACACAGCGUUUCAUUCUGGAAGAACAAUCCGGGUUACAAGUGUCUUCCUGCCACGGGAAAACGAUGAUCCUAACAAUAAUGCAGGGAAACGAUACGGCGUGCGGAUCGAUUACGAUCGCGCUGCGCACAACCUCUCUGCUUACCUAGUUCUUGAUGGAGGAACAGAGACGGUGCCUGACGAAGCCACAAAGCAACUGGAUGCCAGAGACGCCCUUUCUCCGGAUGGCUUAGUCUUGGCCCUCUCGUCCACCAUGGGUCAGCUCUUGCAGCUCCAUACCUGGAGCUUCACGAUCGAGGUCCCGGAGACUGUGCACUCACAGGGGCCCAAUACUGUCACCAUACUGUCUUCCGUCCUCGGAUCAGCGGCUGCAGCAUCCGCCAUUGCCGCCGCUGUCUACCUCUACUUGAACUCCAAGUACCGGAGGUGGAAGAAGGAUCUGGACCAGCUCUCCAAGAAUAUGCAGCGCCUUCCUGGUGUGCCGAUGCAGGUCGACUUCGCCGACAUCAGGAAGGCCACCAACAACUUCCAUGAGAGCACGAGGCUGGGCCAAGGCGGGUUCGGCGCCGUUUACAGGUGCAGGCUUCCUGCUGCGAAGAAGGGAGAGUUCAUGGAGGUUGCUGUCAAGAAGUUCACCCGGGCCGAUAGCCGGGGGUACGAGGACUUCCUGGCGGAGGUCAGCAUCAUCAACCGCCUCCGCCACAAGAAUAUCGUUCCUCUCGUCGGGUGGUCUUACAACAGAGGAGAGCCCAUUCUUAUCUAUGAGUACAUGCCUAAUGGCAGCCUAGACCAACAGCUCUUCAGCAGGAGCGGCGAUAAGCAGCAGAGUUGUAUUCACCAGUGGGGCACUCGCUACAACAUCGUCAGGGACAUUGCAACUGGAUUGCAGUACGUUCACCAUGAGUACGAGCCCAUGGUGCUCCACCGCGACAUCAAGGCGAGCAACAUCUUGAUCGACCUCACCUUCCAAGCUCGCCUCGGCGACUUCGGGCUCGCCUGCGUGCUCGCCGACGGCAAGAACUCCUACACCGACCAUGGUGCCCCUGGCACCAUCGGUUUCCGGUCGCCGGAGUACAUAUACAAUGGCAGGGCCACGAGGAAGACGGACGUCUUCGCUUUCGGAGUGCUCGUCCUCGAGAUCGUCACGGGGAAGAGGGCAGUCGGCAGGGACGACGUGCAGUUCGGGCAUGUCACGGAUUGGGCGUGGAAGCUUCAUGCGGAGGGUAACCUACUCGCCGCCGUUGACGCCGCCGUGCUCACCGCCGGCGGCGAGUUUGACGCCGAGGAGGCUAUACGGCUUCUGAAGCUCGGCAUGGCGUGCAGCAACCCGAACCCGGCCGACCGGCCGAGCAUGGUGGAUGCGGUGAGGAUCAUCGCCAAGUCGGUGCCGCCGCCGGACAUGCCUCUUUCCAAGCCGCCGAUGGUGUGGCCACCGGAAGGGUGGGACUCAGUGACAUCUGAUUGUAGCACGUCCACGAGUAACUUCAACAGGACCUCAUCGACGUUCAUGGUUGAGACGAUGACGGUGGGCAGGGAAAGAACACAUCUCUUCUGAAAAUGAACGCCGCGGCAGAUUGACAGGUUAUCACCCCACCGGAAGGUUGAUGAUGAAUUGAAGGUAUUUUAGCUAGUACAGCCAUGUUAUGUACGAAUAAGGUGGUUAGCGAAACAGAAUAGGUUGGUACCAGUGAAAUGAAGCAUACGAGAUCCCGUG